CCGAUGAUGAAAAUUGGGGAAAAAACAGGGGGGUGAAGAGGAUCAGAUGGACGGGGGGUACGGGAGAAAUAUGAAAUGACGAAAAGAGGUGUAUUCGUUAUUCAGACAAAACAACUUUCGGGCUUUGUCCCUAAAUUUUGACGGGGGAGCGUAGCUUUAUGAGGAGUGGCAAACACAGCGAUUUUAACUUGGCGAGGUAGCUAGCCAGCUACGCAAGGCAGAGAAAGGUGGGGGGCUGGUGCAAGCUAGCUGGCUAGCGAGCUAGCCAGUUCAGAAAAGGAAAACAAUAUGGCCGCAGUGGAGCUCGAAUGGAUCCCGGAGACACUGUACAACACUGCUAUUUCAGCCGUUGUGGACAAUUACAGCCGAUCGCGAAGGGACAUACGCUCCCUUCCUGAAAAUAUACAGUUUGAUGUCUAUUACAAGCUGUACCAGCAGGGCCGGCUCUGCCAGCUGGGAGGGGAGUUCUGCGAGCUGGAGGUCUUCGCCAAAGUCCUGCGAGCGUCCGACAAAAGACACCUCCUACACCACUGUUUCCAGGCCCUCAUGGACCAUGGUGUGAAAGUGGCCUCUGUCCUAGCCAGCUCCUUCAGCCGCCGCUGUUCCUACAUCGCAGAGUCUGAUGCACACGUCAAAGAGAAAGCCAUUCAGUUUGGCUUUGUUUUAGGGGGCUUCCUGUCAGAUGCGGGCUGGUACGGUGAUGCAGAGAAAGUGUUCCUGUCCUGCCUGCAGCUGUGCACGCUGCAUGACGAGGUCCUGCACUGGUAUCGUGCUGUGGAGUGUUGUGUGAGGUUGCUUCAUGUCCGCAAUGGAAACUGUAAAUACCAUCUGGGAGAGGAGACCUUCAAGCUGGCCCAGUCUUACAUGGACAAACUAGCCAAACAUGGACACCAGGCCAACAAAGCGGCACUCUACGGAGAACUGUGUGCCCUGCUCUUUGCCAAGAGCCACUACGAUGAGGCAUACAGGUGGUGUAUAGAGGCCAUGAGGGAGAUCACAGUGGGCUUGCCUGUCAAAGUGGUGGUCGAUGUUCUGAGACAGGCCUCUAAGGCCUGUGUGGUAAAGCGGGAGUUUCGGAAGGCAGAACAGCUCAUUAAACAUGCAGUAUUUCUGGCCCGGGAACACUUUGGACACAAGCAUCCCAAAUACUCAGACACUCUUCUAGAUUAUGGGUUCUACCUGCUAAAUGUAGAUAACAUCUGUCAAUCUGUCGCCAUUUACCAGACGGCCCUGGAUAUUCGGCAGUCGGUGUUUGGAGGAAAGAACAUCCACGUAGCAACAGCACACGAAGACCUGGCGUAUUCUUCCUAUGUACACCAGUACAGCUCUGGCAAAUUCGACAAUGCAUUAUUCCACGCAGAACGUGCCAUAGACAUCAUCACUCACAUUCUCCCUGAGGACCACCUCCUGCUGGCCUCGUCCAAAAGGGUGAAAGCCCUCAUCCUGGAAGAGAUCGCCAUCGACUGCCACAACAAAGAAACGGAGGAGAGGCUGCUGCAGGAGGCACACGACCUGCACCUUUCCUCUCUCCAGCUGGCCAAAAAAGCGUUCGGGGAGUUCAACGUGCAGACCGCGAAACAUUACGGCAACUUGGGACGGCUCUACCAGUCCAUGCGCAAGUUCAAGGAGGCGGAGGAGAUGCACAUCAAGGCCAUCCAGAUCAAGGAGCAGCUCCUGGGCCAGGAGGACUAUGAGGUGGCACUGUCCGUGGGCCACCUGGCCUCCCUCUACAACUACGACAUGAACCAGUACGAUGACGCCGAGAAGCUCUACCUGCGCUCCAUAGCCAUCGGCAAGAAGCUGUUCGGCGAGGGCUACAGCGGACUGGAGUACGACUACAGGGGCCUGAUCAAACUGUACAACUCGGUGGGAAACUACGAGAAGGUGUUUGAGUACCACAACAUUCUGUCCAACUGGAACCGCCUGAGGGACCGGCAGUUUGCGGUGGCCGACGCCCUGGAGGACGUCAACACCAGCCCGCAGGCCACCGAGGAGGUGGUGCAGUCCUUCCUGCUGUCACAGGGCCAUGGGCCCGGACACGCCUGCUUAGGCUGAGUGACCCUACACACACACACGUGCCCACACAUGUACACACGCAUACAAACACAUAUAUACACACACACACACACUCACACACUCACAUACUCACAUACUCGCAUAGACAUAAGACAUUUACACAGAUACAUGCAUACAUAAAGACCCCACAUAGCCCUCUGGGGUUUGAACUACAGUGGGACAUCUGGUUCUAGGGGAACACGCCCCUGCCCAUGGAAGGCCUCUGGACUUGCCUCCUCGCCCUCACCAGCAGCCUCUCCCUCACCCCACCUGGUCCCCAGCUCACAGAUCGGGGUAGAAGUGAAUAUGGGGGGCCCCCUUUUUAUAACACAGCGAGGAGCAUUGAGUGGAAUGGCAUCCCACGUACGUCUGAAUCAUUUUCCUCUUUAUCUCCAAACAUUAAUGGAAUGGACUGUGAGCAGCUUUUUAAGAAGAGGGAAAAGAACAACUCUAAAUUCACAGCUCAACAUAAGGGUUUCUGUCUUUGGAAAAUUUUAAUCACCUCUGUGUUCAUUAUGGGACUUUUUUGUUCUGGUUUUUUUGUAUCUGAACAAGAGUAACUUCACAGGCCAUGUGAACUAGCCCUGCCCCUGCUCCCAUACACUGAAGUUGUUUGUAUUGGAAUGAGCAAUUCACAGGAGCCAGGCCUUGGAUAGGCUCAACGGGCAAAACAUAACGCCACGUGUCACAGAGGUGCUUGAUGGGAGAUGAAGUCCAUUGCUAGUGAAAAUUUUACCUGAAAAUGUUGCUCUGGACUUCGUCUGCCAAAAUUACAUUUAUAAUAAAUUUACAGAUGUUUGAGCUAGUUUGCCUGUGUAACUCACCCCAGAUAAGGCACUUUGGCCACAGGAAGUUGGCUGGUGGGCUUGUACCUGCUUCUGAGAAAUCUGUCAGUUUCAGUGCAGCACCUAAUAUUGCAUGUUUUAGAAAUGUGAUGCCUAAUACUUGUGGACCAGUUUUU